UAAGCGCUAGCUCGCUGCUGCUAGAGACUUUAUGCGUUGCAACAUAUCGAGGAGGAGUAAAACAAAGUAACUGCGAUGUGUGUUCAGUUCUACGUUCUAAUGCUUUUCAGAUAAGCCAUUUUUAUACAAUUAUACUUAUCCACUAAGAGUUUAUUGAUUUUUUUCGCGGCUGAAUAUCUGUCUAAUAUCAAACGUCGAACCAACUUUAUAUCGGUAGAAGACCAAUUCAACCGUAGAAGAUCAUAAGUUUCGUUUCUUCCGUUGUUAACCUCUUCCGCAGAAACAGCUGCACUUGUUUCAUGAAAGGCAGUGUAGAUCAUAACUGAUCUGACAUCUGCACAUCACCACAGAGCUCACGAUACCAGAGCUAAGAAACAUGAACAGGAAAAACAGAAAAAAUCAGCUCUCUAAGGAUGAUUUGCGUGCCGUUGGAUUUGACUUUAUAGAAUUUCUGGCGGAAAGCAAAAGGAGAUCAAUUACUGAUAGAACCAUUCUCAAAAACAUCUACAAUGAAGAGUUCCGACACAGGGAUGGAGUCAGAGACCCAAACUUCUCUUCAGUCCUCUUUGUACUGAGAAAUGGCAGGAAUGCACGCAUCACCAGAUCAGGACAUGUUUACUUUAACACUAAUGUCCGAGUGCUGCACGAUCAGUGGUUUAGACCCCGUCGCAAACAACAAAACCAAGCUACUCCCCCUCUGAGUAAUGGUAGCUCACCGCCACCCCCUAGUGCCCAGGUUCCUGACCCACCGUCAGUGCCAGGGCCAGAAGAUGGAAUCAGAGGAAGGAGAAAACUGUCAAAAGCCCUCCUGAAGAGAAUAAACACUACAGAAAGGUCUGUGUUUAUCUCUGAUAAAAGUGGGGUGCGGGUGUCCUCAGAGCUGCAGAUAGAGGAUGGCAUGAUUCAGCUGUUUGUGGAGAAGGCAGAAAUUUGUGAACUAAAGCUGAUUGUGGAGAACACGAGUCAGGAUGCCGUGUAUUUCACAUAUUACACUGCUCUUCACUGGCUGCAGUAUUUCACUCUGGAAGACAGCAGAAGGGUCACGCGUAAUAAUCCACUCCGUCUGGAGCCAUGUGAGAAGUACGAGGUGACCUUAAGAUUCAAAGCAGAACAGAUAGGAGUCUAUCCUGCCACUCUAGCAUUUGAGUUCAAGGAAAACACCCAACCCGCCACCCGUCCUUUUCACAUUGUUCGGUUCGUUCAGGCAGAAUACAGGUCCGAGCUUGCAGCUCUGCUGGGUCCAGAAGCACCAUUCAGACCUAAGAGGCUUGAGACAUAUGAACCUGCGAGGUGCAACAUAGAUGAGGGGGUUCCACCUGAGAGUUUUGCUCGAAACCUUUUGAAGUUUGUGGUGCCACUGGAUAACUACACUCGUCCUUCUUACAUCUCUGACUUAGCCGAGGUCCUAAAAGGCAGCCGUUCUUUCCCGAAGCUCCAGGAACAGAAGUCACUGCUGGAGAGUGAUCUGGGCUUUCAUAACUAUAUAGAGCGCUUUGAUUUACUACUGUACCUGGAGGAAGAUCAAAUGCGUCUAGACAUCAAGAGGUAUAACAAAGAUGAUGUGUCCAUGGUGAAAGACUGUGAGAACAAACGACUGCUGGUCUUAGAGCUCCCUGGUGUAUCAGAGAACAGACCAUCAGUCCUGAGAGGAGAUCAACUGCUUCUCACCAAGAGUGAGGAGGUCCAACUCUCAACUGUGACCAAAUACAAGGGCUACGUCCACAGAGUGGAACUGGAUCAGGUCAAACUGGGCUUCUCUCGAAGGCUGCUUGACGGUUUCAUAGAUAAUAUGAAAUUUCGUGUGGAGUUCACAGUGAAUCGUCUCCCGUUAAAACUGCAACACAGAGCAGUACACAUGGCGGUCCAACACGAGCUCAGAGAUGUGCUGUUCCCUGUGGGCUCAAGGAGCAUGACCCCUGAGUCUCCACCUGCACUGAGGCUCUUUGAUCAAAAGCUGGACAAGAACCCUGAACAGAAAAAUGCAGUAUGUAACAUUGUGGCUGGUACGUCCAAGCCGGCACCGUACUUGGUGUUUGGACCUCCUGGCACUGGUAAAACCGUCACGAUAGUGGAGGCCAUCAAACAGGUGGAGAAGAAUAUACCUGGUGCCUAUAUCCUAGCUUGUGCUCCAUCUAACAGUGCAGCUGAUCAGCUGUGUGAAAAGUUGAUCACUAGUGAACAUGUUGAUGCACGGAAGAUAUACAGAGUCUACGCUAGCUCACGCAAUCCAAAAGAUAUCCUUAAAGUCCUAGAGAAAAACAGUAAUGUGGAGGGAAACACAAUUAUUUUCCCAUGUAAAGAGGAUCUAAUGUCCUACAAGAUCCUAGUCAGCACUCUGGUCACCGCUGGCAGGCUGGUCAGUGGGGGUUUUCCUAUAGGUCAUUUUUCUCACAUCUUUGUGGAUGAGGCAGGACAUGCUGUGGAGCCAGAGGCCAUCAUCAGUGUGGCAGGACUGCUGAAUGCAGAGACUGGACAGCUUGUUUUGGCUGGAGAUCCCAAGCAGCUGGGGCCAAUCCUGAGAUCUCCUUUUGCCAUUAGAUACGGACUUGGUCUUUCCUUGCUGGAGAGGCUGAUGACACAGAAUGAACUUUACCAGAAAGGUACUACUGGAUACGACAACCGUUAUGUAACCAAGCUGCUGCGGAACUACAGGUCUCAUCCAUCCAUUCUGAAGAUUCCUAAUGAGAUGUUCUAUGAUGGGGAGUUGGUGGCAUGUGCAGAUGAGAUGAUCUCCCACCAGUACUGCAUGUGGGAGCACCUGCCAAAAAGUGGAUUUCCUGUGAUUUUUCAUGGAGUGAUUGGAAAGGAUGAGAGAGAGUCAAACAGUCCCUCCUUUUUCAACACUUCUGAAAUCGAUAUCAUAAUUGACUACAUGAAGAAGCUCCUGACACAGGCAAAGAAGGGCAUUGCAAAAAUCUCCCCCAAAGAGAUUGGCAUUAUCGCCCCCUACAGGAAACAGGUGGAGAAAAUCAGGAAGGCCAUCAAGUUGCACAGAGAGCUUAAAUCCUUUUUGGGCAUUGAGGAGCUGAAGGUUGGCUCUGUGGAGGAGUUUCAAGGCCAGGAGAGGAAAGUGAUCAUUGUGUCAACUGUUCGCAGCGACAAGAAACACAUCAUUUUGGAUGAAACAUUCAACAUUGGGUUUCUGAAGAAUGAGAAGAGAUUCAAUGUGGCAGUGACGAGAGCAAAAUCCCUGCUCAUUAUGGUGGGAAACCCCAUCAUUCUACGAACAGACGCGACCUGGGGAAGGUUUAUUAAUUACUGCAUUGAGGAGGAAGGUUAUACUGGAUAUGAUAUUUCCAACUUGGAGGAAACAGAUGCGGUUGUUGAGCGUCUGCUAGCACUAAACAUCCGUGAGGAGAUCAUAGUGGAAACAGAGGAGAGUGUGGUCCAGCAAUAUCUGAAUCCUGAGUGGAGACAUGACCAUUAAAUGAAAGGAGUUGUGGCGGUCCCUUUUGCCAAAAAGUUUGAAAAUACUUCAACGCCCAUAAUACAUUGGGCUCAUUGCUGUCCAAGGCAUCUGACCAUUCAACUGUCCAUAUGCAGGAAUACAAAUAUGCUAAUAAAUAAACCGGGAGAUCUGGGUGCAGGUUACAUGGGGAAAGAAUACACAUUGUUCAUUUACGUAUAAUACCGAAAGUGUAACAAUAUAAAUCUGAUUGAAAAUUUGCCAACUUGUCCUUUAAUCUCAGGGCUUUGUAUGCAAUGUUGCCUAUAUUGAUUGAAAAGUUUUAUUAGUUUAUCAGGUAAAUCACUGAUUACUGCCCUAAAAUAAGUGCCUUGUUUUAUGAAAUUACCAAAGAACAGAAAUGAUAUUUUAAUAAUGCUUAAUUGAUAGUAAAGGUUUUGUUUGUGGUCCCACUGGAUUGUCUGAAAAUUGCAAAUGGAGUUGGAGGUUUACAUCAGUGCAUUGUCAAACACAUCAUUAAACAAUUGUGUACUUCAUUUCAAGGACGUUUGACUGAAGUAAAUACAUUAUUGUAAAAUGGAGGAUGUUGAAUCACAAAUGAAUGCAAAAUUUGGAGACAUGUUAAUACUUCUAUCAAGCCUGUCAACAAACUCAUUACCGGUUUCUCACAGUCAGCAGACUUCAAAAUUUAAUAC